GUUAUAUAUGUCUAUGGUUUGUCGCACGUGCAGACGGCCAUGUUGCAAGUGGUAAAUUCGCAAUUGUCCGUAAGAUCGGAUGUAAUUGCGCGCGUCACGAAGCGGAUACAGUGUUUUAACUAAGAAAAUAAUACAACGGAAAUGUCGUUCGGCAGCGGUUUCGGAGCAUCAACAUCGACACCUGCACCCACGUUUGCUUUCGGCACCACACCAGCUUCUACAGCGACGCCAGUUAAACCCGUAGCAGGAUUUGGAACUCCGUCCUUUGGAUUUAGUACACCGACCACUUCAACGCCAAGUUUGUUUGGUACUCCGUCGACUCAAACCGCUGGAUUUGGCGCUGGGACUGGAUUUGGGACUCCAACAUCUGCUGGAUUCGGUAGCACGCCAGCAGCGACGGGCUUCGGAUCUACACCUACAUUUGGUACUGCAUCGACUAGUGCCUUCGGUUCAACGCCAGCUUUCGGCAGUACUCCCGCUUCUUCUGCAACCACUGGAUUUGGUACAACUUCAACUUUUGGCAGUACUCCUGCUCCCACAACUGGUUUUGGUGGAUUUGGAACAGCGACGACAACAUCGUCGUUAAGUUUUGGAGGUUUUGGUGGAUUUGGCACAACCACUACUACAUCCGCCCCUAGCCUGUUUGGUGGAUUCGGUACUACGAGUACUGCUUCAACAGGCUUCGGCACAUCUACAGGUUUCGGUGCUUUUGGAAACAAACCAGCUACCACCAGUGUCACUACCGGAUUUGGUGGAUUUGGGACAGGAACAGGAUUCACUGGGUUUGGCACUGGACUGACACAGCCUCAGCAGCAGCAACAACAACAACAGCAACAACAACAACAACAACAACAACAAUCUGCAAAUAGUGUAUCAGAAGCUCUCUAUAACGCUGUGUUCAAUUGUCAAUUAUACAAUGACGAGCGAGAUAACACUAUUGCCAGGUGGAAUCUUAUUCAAGCAUUAUGGGGUGUAGGAAAAGCUUAUUACUCUGUAAACGCCCCGCCUAUAGAUUUCACUCAAGAAAACUCGUUGUGUAGAUUUAAGGCUAUCGGGUACAGCCGUAUACCCGAUGCUGAUAAUAACGAUGGUCUAGUGGUGCUGUGCUUCGGUAAGAAAGAAAAGGACGUACAAGACGGAAAGCAACAAUUAGUCGUAUUUCUGAAUGGCUUGUUGGGCAACAAGCCCAAUCUAACUGUAGCUGUCGAUAACGUGAAAUCAACAGGAGAGACUAAAAGUCAAGUGACGGUAUAUGUAUCGGAAAAAGGAAUCACUGGUUCUUACAGAAAAAUUCCUGCCAACGAGUUGGUUGCGUACCUAUCGCAGGUUAUGCAAAAGCAACAAUUGGUGCAAAAUGGAGUUGAAGAUAUAUUUCCUUUGGUAAAACUUGAUCCGUCGCAGCUGAAGGAGUAUCUGGAUAAUCCACCUUGCGCGAUCGACGCCAGAUUGUGGAAGCAAGCGCAGCUGGAUAAUCCCAAUCCAGAAUUGUACAUACCAGUUCCUAUGAUCGGCUUCCAGCAAGUCAAGCACAGAUUAAAGUGUCAAGAAGAGGAGACUGCUAGACAUCGAGCGUUUUUAGACAUGGCAGCAGAAAAAAUACAGGGCUUGCAGAGGCAGCACACAGCCACGCAGGCCAGACUCAAGGAACACAGACGCACAUUACUGGAACUUCAACACAGAGUUUUGCAGGUUCUAGUUCGGCAGGAGAUUACGCGUAAAGUAGGAUUGUCCUUGCAACCGGAAGAAGAAGCUUUAACGCGGAGAUUCGAAGUGAUGCAUUCGCAAAUCAGUGCGCCGACACAAUACAAAGGCAGAAUUAGUGAAAUGCUUUCUCAGCUCAGAAUGAGGCGACACAUCGAUAUUCAAAACCAGGAGAGGUAUACAAUGGAUCCUAUAGCGCAGGAUGAUAUUAAAACGUACCUAAGUAUGGAGCAGCAGGGCAUGGCGCAGCUUAUUGCGACAAUAAAUGCUGAUCUAGAAAGUUUAAAAAUUAUUAAAGAUGGAAUGUCCGAUCUUUUAAUGAGUCAAAGUAUAUCCUGAAGAUUGUAAGAUGUAAUAAAACGUUUUCACAUGCCUUUUGUACAACUAAAAACGAUAGAUUUAUCAAUAUGAUUGAUAAUAUAGACUUCUGGCUGAUAUUUAAAUGAACGUGGUUGUGUAAAUCAUUUCUAUUUUUUCAUAAAACUGCUGUAUAUUUAUUUUA